UUGCUUUUUUUUAAAUCAGUUUAAGUUCAUGUCAGAGUACAGGAGAAUUAAAACCUUUUGUUAAAUGCAUAUUUGGAAAGUGUCAUACAUUGCUAAUGACAUGAUAAUAAUGCCUGGAAAUUUGGUUUGCAUAAUAAGCUGUAUUUAUGAAUUGCCCAAGAAGUACAACAAAGUAAAUAGUAGUCUGUUGACAGAACAAAUACACAUCCUGACAAUGCCAGUGAGAUUGCAAUGCAUGAAAAUGUACUCACUGUUUGAACCUCUGAAUGUUUCAAAAGAUGGGGAAAUGUCUGAUGCGGAGGAAGAGAAGACAUUCCUGCACUCUGUGGAGGACACAGACAAGGAUAACCUCACUGUGACAGAGACGGGUGAAGAGACUAACACACCUGAGAAGCCUGCCCAUGAUGAAGGUCACAAGAGACCAGAUAUGGACAUUGAGGAGGAUGGCAGGUACUUUAACAGAAACAAAGACAAUCAGCUGAGCUCUAAAACUCCAGAAGAAAUCCAGAGGGGCCCUCAAACUAUUUUGGAAAACAUCUUGGACAUGGGACUUAGUGUAGGCAUGGAUCACCCUCCCUCAGGAUCUCUGGAGUCACCUCCUGUCACUGAUUUCCAUGAAGAGAAGCACAGUGGUUCAUCAUUCGUAUCAGUGCUAAUUUUAUCUGGUAGUCUCGUCACCCUGUUUUAUGAGUACCUUGGAAUAUAUGGUGUUAUGCCGCAGUCGAAAGGAGACUCUCCGACUUCAAAAGAUGUGCAGACGAAGAAUGCAGUAAGUAGACAAGGAUCUACAGCGAGGCGGCGUAUCCGGCGCCAGUCGGCGGCCGCAGGAGGCAGGAGAGCGGGCCCAGCCCCCCCAGCAGCCACGGUGGCCCCAUUGCAGCCGGCGAGGGAGGUGGGUGGACGCCCAGGUCAGUGGCUGGGUCAUGGGCCGGAAUCUUUGGUAGGGGUUACAUCUCCACAACAACUGAUCUUUGAAACAUUUCUCUCCACAGUGCUCCUGUGCAGGGGGAAAGCUUUCAGUGAUUUCACCGGACCAGACUGUCGGUUUCUGUCAUUUAAAAAAGGAGAGACUAUAUAGGUCUACUAUAAACUCUCAGGCAGACGGACAGAUAUAUGGGCAGGGAGUGUUGGUAACCGCUUUGGUUACUUCAAUAAGGACCAACUUGUAAUCAAUCACAUAUACACUGAAAAAGAAUUGGAGGUUCCUUCUGAGGAAACCGACUUUGUUUGCUUUGACACUGGACACGAUAAGUUUGACAGUUAUGACAUUGAUUCACUGUUAGGCUCCUCUUUAUUGUUAACAGACAAGGAGGAAUCUGUGCAAGUAACCACAUAUACUUUUGACCUAACCAAAAGUGCUGAGAGCACCACAGUGGAAGUGGAUAAGCCUACACCUGAAGUGACAAUGUCAGAAAAUUAUGAGAUUGAUAGGGAUGUUCCUGAGGACAUUGAUAAGGUUGUAGAGGAGGUUCCAGAUGAGGUUGUAGAGGAGGUUUCAGAUUAUGAAGAUCUGAGACAUUUUGAGCCUUUAGAGUCCUCUCUGCCUCAGCCUGAAACUCUUGACACAAAGGGAGUGGAAUCUGACACUGUACUUGAGACCACAGCUGAGAGGAUCAAAGAUUACCUUCAGAAAGAUCAGCAGAGGACAGAGGACUCUGUGCCGGACAGUGUUGUUGAACCAGAGGAAGGUGAGACCAAAGAAACCCCCUCAGAACCUCUAUCCAAAGAUGAUCCUGAGUUAAAGAAUGCACCUGAUGGUUUUUCAGAAGGCAGACCUAUCCCUGAGUUAAAAACGUUUGAUGCUGUCACCUCUGAUGAUGAGGACACUUGGAAGGUGACUCCAUAUGACGAGGAGGACGAGGAAAGUGACAAGUUUGAAUAUCAGCAGGAUGAGGAAAGUGAUUAUCAUCUCAGGGAAACUCCAUUGCUGGCUUUUUCUGAAGAACCUUCUAAUUUGGAACACAAGAACAUUCCGGAAUCUGAUCAGACAGAUGAGGAAGACAGUCUAUCAGAGGUACCUCAUAUACAGAAACAGGACUCCAAGGACAAUAACCUGUGGUCUUCAUUUGGUGAUACAGUUUUUAACAUUGUCAGUGGUGGGGAAAGAAUAGCUCAUGUUGCCGGUUCAGAGGAAGAUGACGAGGAUGAUGGCGAAGGUGAAAUGACACCAGAGGAGUCUCCCAAAAUUGAAGAACCCAAGGAGUCAGAGGAAGCAGAACAGCCACAUGAGCUAAUCUUUGAGGAACCUGCAGACUCUAAUUACAGUGAGGAUGCUGUCAAAGUACCUGAUGAGGAUUCCCAGACGUUGCAGUUUGAGGAUGAAUCUGAAGAAGGUGACAUUGAACCUUCAACACCUCCUGCUGAUGAGGCAAGUCCCUUUGAACACACUGAGGAGGCUUUAGCAGAGAACCUUACAGUAGAUGACAGCCCAGUCCCUAAACAGCUCUCAAAGACAGACAUGCUCUCAGACUUUGAUAGUAAAAUUAACGAAUCAGAGCAGAAACAAGCUGUCGAAGAGUCACAAGUAGAUAAUACAUUGAAACAGGGUGGUACAGAGCUUUUCAGACGAUUUCGAGAACCAUGCCAGAAGGUCCCAGAUCUAAGUAAAAAAACAAUGGUGAAAGAGAGCCAUCAAGAACUCCUCAUAGAGGAGGAGGAUUCAAUACACCUAGAGGGGGAAGAGAUUGAGGAAGAGUUGCUGGAGGAUGAAAAUGCAUCAUUGUGUUCAUCCAAAACUGAGCACAGUGAUGAAAAGGACAAAGACAGUCUAUCUGAAUUUGGGUCAGAGCAACCCAAUAAUGAUACACAAACCGAUGUUGUAUCCAGUGAUGUGUUGGAUGUGGUCCAACACGACGAGGCAAUUGACAUAGAACCUAAGGUGCAUGAGACUGAGAAGGAUGCUGAAAGCCACACACCCUCACUUGAAGAGAUGGUUCCAGAUCCCUUCCCAAGCAAAGAGCCGAAAUACAGUGACGAUGUGUUGAGGCUGACACUAUUGCGAGACCACUUUAAGGAGGAGGAUAUGGAGCGCUUCCAAAAGAUUCUGGGUCUUCAGAACCUCUUUAGGGUGGAGUUCCUGUUCUCUGACCUGGAGCAGGAGCUGAAGGCUGCCCGGCUGUCCCAGACAAACACCAGUGAGGACAUUGAAAAGGCGCUGGAGGCCAUUUUGGAAGCCUCUGAAACACCAAUCCUGGAUGAGAUUGAGAGGAUGCUGGAUGCCCAGGAGAACACUGACCUGCAGCAGGAGGCUGGUGAGUUUAUUGAGGAGGCUGCCAUCUUGGACGACUUCCAGGAGUUGGUGUUCCCCCUGCGUCAGAAGUACUCAAACGCCAGAAACAGUGCUCCCUUGGCAGUUGGCAGUCAACUACACCCGGACACAGAUGGGGAAAUGCUGUUUGCUGCCACUUUUCUUUUCCCUUUCUCACUGGUCAAAAGCAAGUCAUAUCUAACUACUGAAAAAGAGAUGACGGACAGGAUGGAAAGGCUUGAACAAGAGAAGAAGGAGAUACUCCAAAAGGUCGCUGAACUGCAGCAACAGGGCGAAGAACUUAAAGAAAAGCAAAAGCAAUCUGAGAAAUCUGCCACUUCAUCUCUGGAGAAGAUCCAGGAACUGGAGAAUAUUGUGCAAGAGAUGGAGAGACAAAAUGAGCGCCUGGACAAGGAAAAUAACUUACUCGCCAGAUCCUUUGACGAUGAGCGAGCCAAUACUGCGAAACAUGAAGAUGUGAUGUCUGAAAUGGACAAAACCAUUGAGAAGUUGAAGCGCAGCAGGAAGAAGACCCAGGACGCACUCUCAAAGGCUACCAUUCUGAUGGAUGAAGCCAAGCUCCGUGAAGAUGCCCAGAAAGUCCAGCGCCAGGUUCUGGAGAAGGAUAUUGCCACCCUGAAGGAGGAGAACCUCUCACUGCACCAUGCUGCCAAGUUGUGGGAGGAGAAGCACAGGGAGAUGAGCGAGCAGAUCAAAGUCUACCAGAAGUCCCAGAAAGACCUGGAGGAUUCCCUCGUUCAGAAGGACCACAACGUUGAGGUUUUGUCUGACCUGCUAGGAGACCUGGAGGCCUGCGAUGACCUGAAAGAUGGAGUUGUGGCUAACGGGGAAGCUUCUAAUGACAAGCAGACCGUCAUCCAAAACCGCAUUAAGCAAAUGAUGGACGUCUCUCGGGUCCAGACCACUCUGUCUGUCGUGGAGGAAGAGCGCGAUCGCUUCAUGACCAAGCUGCUGACCAAAGAGAAGGCCAGGAAAGAGCUGGAAGAACAAUAUCAGCAGCUGGAGCAUGACAUCUUGUUGGUGAAAAGUGACAGGAACCACCUGGAGAACCAGUACAACACCCUGCAGCAGAAGAACGAGAUCAUGACCGAGAUGUACCAGCAGAAGGAGAAUGCUUUGCAGCAGAAGCUGACCAAGGAGGAGUUUGAGCGCCGCAACAAGAAAGACAUGCUGACGGAGGUGGACGGCAAGGCCCUAGAGGCCGAGGAGGAGGUCAAGGUGUAUAGGCAGCGCAUCAAAGAGAUCCAGGACGAGCUGAAACGGACCGAGAAGUCCUACAAAGCCCAGAUGAUUGAGCAGGAGCAGAAAUCCCACGAGAGCUGGGUGAUUGCACGUGCUGCUGAGCGAGCUCUGUUGGACGAGAAGAAGGAAAGAACUAACCUUCGUAACAAACUGACUGACAUGUCCAGCAAGCUGAAUGAGCUCCGUAGGCCUCUGUUCAAGCCCACCCCUGGGAUGGCUCCCAUGCCUCUCCGACGAGGUAAGAACCAAUCCUCAGAGUUCCCUUUGUUAUUUCGUGCUGGCGACUGGCACGUCUGUGGCGCAUUCAGUAAGGCAAAAUCAUCAGAAUAUAACUUGGCUAAUUUCUAUUGUCUUGUCGGUGAUUCGUACGGGCCCUCACCUGUGAGUGGCGGUGCCGUCCCCCCUCUCAUGAUAGAGGGUCCCGGGCGCCCCCCUCUGCCCCCCGUGGGGCGAAGGAACGAGCUCUACGGACCACGACCUCCAUCUGACCCUCACGGCCGUUACCCUCCUGACCACAAACACCCAGUGGCUGCUAGACCUGACACAAUGGCCCCACGUACAUCCUCACUAAGCAAUCUGGACUGCUCGCAGACCACUCCACUAGAGUCAGAGUCACAGGCUGAGGCCCAGGCCUCCACAGAGAACCCAGAGGCAGUGAGUAUUAUGUUCCAGGCAGCGGUGGCAGGGAUUGCGGAUGUGUGUGUGAGCAUGCUUACCCCAGCUGUGGAUCAGUGGCUGGAGUGGCAGGCAGCUGGGUAGUGGCUUCACAUGGUUGUCAGACUUAACAUUGCUGGCUGGAUUCUGACAUGCGUAGUUACUUGUCUUAAGGCGCUUACAGACGGGCCUCGGUAAACGGCAAUUGAACCUCGAGAAAAUCCUGUAGAGACCAGCGGUCCCCGGUUGUUGUCAGUUCGAAGGUUGUCAUUAAAACAUUGUUUGAUUGGUUGGCAAGAUGAACUCUGCUCAUUGGUCACGCAUGUGCCGCUCAAGACUUCAGCUAAUUUAAUAUUUUGAAGCCUUGAGUGCCGAGCCAGCGGCGCCGCUCACUGGAGUGAGUACCACGACCCGAGCCACUAGCAAAACUGAUAGCGUUUUGCCGCUCUACUCCCAUUUGAAGUCUGAUACCUUCGCCGCUUACCGCGGCCCGUCUGUAAGCGCUUUUACAUGUUCCUUACAUUAAGACACCCUCCCUCUUACCCCCACUGAGUGAAAUGGUGGCACUGUUCUACAAAGCCUUAACUUCAGCACAACUACAUGAUGGAUAUCUCAAAUGUGUUAUCAUUUAAAGCUGUGUGUGUGUUUGAGGUUAAUGCUUUGUGGAAACGGUCCUGAUUCCGAAAUCAGUGUGAUUCUUGUGGAACUGUGUAACUUGACUUAUUGUGGGUUAUUGUUGUCUUUCUCGCAUGAUUGUGUUUGUUUUGUUCUAACCUAACGAAACUGUUUGAAUCACAUGAAAGGGGUCUUCACUGUUGGUGCCAGCAACAGGGCUACAAGCACAAUGGACAUAUUGCUAUUCUUCGUUUUAAUGUUGUUUGUUGUUC